GCCAGUUGUGCAUAUGACACAAGUAAGUAACCCCCCCUCCCCUUCUCUCUCUCUCUCUCUCCUCUCUUUCUCUCUCUGCCUCAGGAGGAUCAAUUUAAUUCUGAAAUUUGUGUGUGUCUCAGACUCUCUCAGCUUCAUGAGUUAUGGCUCUUCCUCAACACCACUUUCAACAGCACUACCCACCCCAACAACAACAAUCUUCUAAGUCUUUCAGAAAUUUGUACACAAUCGACGGUCAUAUGACGCCGGCGAUGGCCUAUUACGACCCCAGCACUUUACAAGAUCACUCGCAGCAUCCCCCUUAUGUUCCACCCUUUCAUGUAGUGGGGUUUGCACCCGGUCCAGUCGCUGCAACAGACGGCAGUGAUAAUGGAGCUGAUUUGCAAUGGCAAUAUGGCUUCGAAUCCAAAAGGAAAAAACUCAAGGAACAGGAUUUCUUGGAGAACAACUCACAGAUAUCGUCUGUUGAGUUACUGCAACCGAGAUCAGUCUCCACGGGCUUGGGCUUGUCCCUUGACAAUACUAGAAUGGCUUCUACCGGGGACUCGGCAUUGCUGUCACUCAUCGGGGAUGACGUGGAUCAUGAGCUACAACGACAGGAUGCUGAGAUUGAUAGGUUCCUCAAGGAUCAGGGUGACCGAUUGCGGCAAAAUAUCCUGGAGAAGGUCCAAGCUACCCAACUUCAGACCCUCUCGGUUGUAGAAGAAAAAGUCCUUCAGAAGCUGCGAGAGAAAGAAGCAGAAGUGGAGAGCAUUAACAAGAAGAAUAUGGAGCUUGAAGAACGAAUGGAACAGUUGACUGUUGAAGCAGGUGCUUGGCAACAGCUAGCCAGGCGCAACGAAAACAUGAUAUCAUCUCUAAGGUUCAGUCUUCAGCAUGUAUAUGCUCAAAGUAGAGAUAGUAAAGAAGGAUGUGGUGACAGUGAGGUAGAUGAUACAGCUUCUUGCUGCAAUGGCCGUACCCUCAAUUUUGAUAUGUUUUGCAAGGAGAACAAUGACGUGAAAGAGAUGAUGAGUUGCAAGGCCUGCAGAGUCAAUGAAGUGUGCAUGCUUCUAUUACCUUGUAAGCAUCUUUGCCUAUGUAAAGAUUGUGAAAGUAAGCUUAGCCUUUGUCCUCUGUGUCAGUCCUCUAAGUUUAUCGGCAUGGAGGUAUAUUUGUAAUGCGUUACGCGUCAAAGCUCUUAUUUUCAUGUCGAAGUCAUAUGUCUUAAGUCAUAUGCAUUGUUGUUGUCAUCUGAUGAUUGCUCGCUUGAGCACAAGACUGCCAUUAUUUGGCCAUCCAAAAAUAGGGCUUAAGAGCAAAGAGCAGCAUUGGCAUUAGCCGUUUUGUGAAUAGUAGCAUGAUUCUAAAUAUUCUUAUACUCUUCUAUAUGUUUGUUUCUAUAUGAAUUCUGAAAUACUUUGUUU